CAGCUUUCCAACAACCCUACUGUCGCAACAUAAACCACGACAUCAUAAUACACCAUGGCGCCCGCAACAAAAUCAAUCAGCAGUAGCCGCAUACCAGCGAGCGUAAACGAAUAUACCAUCCUCCCACUCUCAAUACCAGCCACCGACUCUUUUCCCCACGCCACAAAACAUUACCUCUACCUACGGCCCAAUGCGCCCAAAAUCCCCACCGACAACACGCCGCGCGAACUGUUUGUCGUAAACCUACCCAUCGAUGCUACAGAGUCACAUUUACGCAGUUUGUUUGCUGAAUGUGGUGGUGGUGCUAGAGUUGAACGAGUUGAAUUCGAGGGUCAGAGGACUGGAAGAAAAGUUACGGCGCCGGUGACUAGUAAGAGUGGAGGGAGGAAGAGGAAGAGAGGGGCUGAGGAGAAGAUGGUCGAUUUGCCGGAGAUGUGGGAUAGGAGGGUGGGGAGGAGUGGGAAUACUUGUGUGGUUACGUUUGUGGAUGCUGCGGCGGCGGAGAUGUGUGUCAAGGAGGUCAAGAGAAACGUCAAGGCUGGCAAGGAGAUUAUUUGGGGUGCUGGAUUGGGAGGAGACAAAGUGCCUGCUUUGGGUGCUGCGAGAUAUCUCAGCCACCACACGCUCCGCUUCCCCUCGACAGCAGUCCUUCAAGCCUCAGUCGACGCAUACAUGACCUCCUUCGCCGAGCAAGAAGCCUCCCGCUCCCGCGCACUCGCUCGCCAACGCGCAGAACCCGACGAAGACGGCUUCGUCACCGUCACACGCGGAGGACGCAUGGGACCAGCACGUCAAGAAGAAGCAGAAGAGGCGGCCAAGAAGCAAAAGGAGAAAGCAAAGGGCAAGGAAGACUUUUACCGCUUCCAGAUGCGUGAGAAGCGCAAGGAAAAGGCCAAUGAGUUGCUCAAGGGCUUUGAGGAGGAUAGGAAAAAGGUGGAAGCUAUGAAGAUGAGGAGGAAUAAGUUUAGACCGAACUAGAUGGAGGUUGUUGUCCUUCUUACACGGUCUGGCUCUGACGUGCCAGGACGAUGGUAUAUCAAACGACACUUUUAAAUUACAUCAUGGCUAAACUCGAGGAUUCACCUAUCAGCUUGAUGCUCAAAUCCCAGAAGCAUACAGCGGCUCUCAAUGUCAAGUCUGAGGGCAUGUCAAAAGCAUUCGGUGGCUUCGCAUCUUUGAUAUCAAGAUUAGGUUGUACCCGCUGUGCGAUACCCUUUUCGUUCGGAAGCAAUGCCCUUUUCGUCCUCUCAUCUUGUGUUCGUCGGCGUCGAGAUGCACUGACUCUCAUGUCACCGAGUCCCGAGGCAGGUACGAUGCAUAGAGAUUGAGAAGCA